GGCGGGAAAUUUUAUAGGUUAAUAUUUAAGAAAUAAUCAUGUUUGGGGAGAAAGCUGUUGGUUUAAUUAAAGAAUUAGAUCGAAAUCAAGAUUUAUUACCGCCUUAUAAUGCGGAUCUCGUGUUAGAAGUAAAAAAGGAAAUCCACGAUUUGGCCGUGCAAAAUCAAAACGAUGCUGCGGAGAGUAACGAAACCAUGCGAACUCCAGGUUCAAUUUCUUAUCUUCCUACGGUUCGGAUAAGGCAUAUAGCAAUAAAAAGGAAUCUUAGGUGUUUAAUGGCUUAUAAUUAUAACAGAUUAACAACAAUAAGAAAGAUGAGAUGGGAAUUUGGGAGUGUUUUGCCCGUUGAAAUUAAAGGGAAUUUAAGUCCAACUGAAUCAGCUUGGUUUACUAGAUAUUCUAAUAUUUUAGCAAAGUAUAUGAGAUCGUUGAGCGAAGAUGGUAUUGUUAAUUUGGGGGUUGAUUUAAAACCGCCUAAAUCUUUAUAUAUACAAGUUAGGUGUCUUACAGAUUAUGGCAAAUUUGAAUUAAAUGAUGGUAGAGUUUUAUUAUUAAAAAAGAAUAGUAGACAUUAUUUACCAAGGAAUGAAUGUGAGGAAUUAAUUAGGCAAGGUGUUUUUCAACACAUUAUGAAUUAAAGCUGUAUUUAAUUAUAUUUAUUUAAUAAAAACAAUUUUAAGCCAA